CGCUUCUUCACGCCCGCGGCGGGCUUCCGUCAACACCAUUCUCCUUCCUGGUUCUGGGAGCCCCGGGAGGCAGGGAGAGCAGGGCGGCCAUAAGGGAUUGGGGCAAAGACCCAGAGGCGGAAGGAGGGACUUCCGCGUACUGCCGGAAGUGACGCGACAGUCGCGGCCGCCGACAGGUGGAACGGCAGGUGGGUUCAGGUGCCAGCCUGGCCCGGACCCGGCUGCGGGACCGACGUUUCCGGUGAGCGGCGGAGACAGCCCCCAAGGGCCUAAGACCCGUGGGGCGGGCUCUGGGAUCUGAGCCCACCGCCCUGGCCUGGAGUGCCCCCCCUUACCUACUUCCCAUCCCCCUGCCGAGCUGGGCAGUUAGCCAGCCCAUCUCAACUCUCGGAACCAUGUUUGCAGACUUGGAUUAUGACAUCGAGGAGGAUAAACUCGGAAUCCCUACUGUGCCCGGGAAGGUGACCCUGCAGAAGGAUGCUCAGAACCUGAUUGGGAUCAGCAUUGGCGGAGGCGCCCAGUACUGUCCCUGCCUCUACAUCGUCCAGGUCUUCGACAACACCCCCGCGGCCCUGGACGGCACGGUGGCGGCGGGCGAUGAGAUCACUGGUGUCAACGGCAGGUCCAUCAAAGGGAAAACGAAGGUGGAGGUGGCCAAGAUGAUCCAGGAGGUGAAGGGGGAAGUGACGAUUCACUACAACAAGCUGCAGGCGGACCCCAAGCAGGGCAUGUCCCUGGACAUUGUGCUGAAGAAGGUGAAGCAUCGGCUGGUGGAGAACAUGAGCUCGGGGACCGCGGAUGCCCUGGGCCUGAGCCGGGCCAUCUUGUGCAAUGACGGGCUUGUCAAGAGACUGGAGGAGCUGGAGCGGACCGCAGAGCUGUAUAAAGGAAUGACGGAACACACCAAGAACCUCCUCCGGGCCUUUUAUGAGCUGUCGCAGACACACCGGGCCUUUGGGGACGUGUUCUCCGUGAUUGGGGUGCGGGAGCCCCAGCCAGCGGCGAGCGAAGCUUUUGUGAAGUUUGCCGACGCCCACCGCAGCAUCGAGAAGUUCGGCAUCCGGCUGUUGAAAACCAUCACGCCGAUGCUGACUGACCUGAACACGUACCUCAACAAAGCCAUCCCGGACACCCGCCUCACCAUCAAGAAGUACCUGGACGUGAAGUUUGAGUACUUGUCCUACUGCCUGAAGGUGAAGGAAAUGGACGACGAGGAGUACAGCUGCAUCGCCCUCGGGGAGCCCCUGUACCGCGUGAGCACAGGCAACUACGAGUACCGCCUGAUCCUGCGCUGCCGCCAGGAGGCCCGCACCCGCUUCUCCCAGAUGCGCAAGGACGUGCUCGAGAAGAUGGAGCUGCUGGACCAGAAGCACGUGCAGGACAUCGUGUUCCAGCUGCAGCGCUUCGUGUCCACCAUGUCCAAGUACUACAACGACUGCUAUGCGGUGCUGCGGGACGCCGACGUCUUCCCCAUCGAGGUGGACCUGGCGCACACCACGCUGGCCUACGGCCUCGGCCAGGAGGAGUUCACCGACGGGGAGGAGGACGAGGACGAGGAUGAGGAGGCGGCCGCGGGGCAGCCGGGCAGAGAAGCGCAGGGGGCCGCCGGGCCCCUGGACAAGGGUGGGAGCUGGUGUGACUCCUGAGUGCCCAGUGGGGUGCAGAUCUGGGGGGUAGGGCGAGUGGGCGAAGACAGCGGGAGCGGGGCGGGGCCGCUGCACAUCAGGGUGGCUCAUAAAGAAAGGCCUGCUGGCUCGGGGCGCCGCCUCCUGCUCCUCUGUCCUAGACAGCGCACCUGCCCCCGCCCGGGCAGGGCACCGGCCGCGGCCUGGGACCUGGACACUGGCCCCUGCACCUCCCUGCCCACCUCCCGGCCAGGGGGAGAGCUGGUCUCUGGCCCUGCCUUAGGAAGGAGACGGAGGGCAGAAAGGACGAGGGUUGGAGGUGGCAGGAAGCCCAGGACCUGUUGCUCACGGCCCCUCCGCUGGCCCCCCUGGAGCCUACCGGGAGUGGGGGGCCGGGGCGGGCAGCCGAGGUCGGGACCAGUGUCUCGUGUGCACCCCGACCUCAGCCCAGGCAGGCCCCACCCCGUCCACACUCACACCUCGGCGGCCUUUAUUUAUUUUGUUCCCCGGCUCGGCCGCUGCCCUGGAGAGGGCUGGGCGCUGGGCCUGUAUUGAAUAAACACAAACCAGACGAAGCGGGCUCGGUGCAGUGGC